AUGUUAAUGAAUGUUUGGAAAAUGUGUGCGUUCAUGGUACUUGCCGGAACUACGAAGGAUCUUUCCAGUGUACUUGUAAUGAUGGCUAUCGUUUGACUCCAGACAAAAGAAACUGUGUAGAUGUCGAUGAGUGCCGUACCAUACAAUCGAUAUGUGACGGAGGGACGUGCUCCAAUACUGACGGAAGUUUCACCUGCACCUGUCCUAGAGGAUUUCGGUUGUCGGCCUCUGGCAAAGAAUGCAUAGAUACGAGACAAAGCUUAUGUUUCCAAGAGUAUGUGAAUGGUCUUUGCGGAUCACCAAAGCUUUCGAACAUGACAAGAAAGGAGUGCUGCUGUAUGAAAGGAUCUGUGGCUUGGGGUUACCCUUGCGAGCUAUGUCCAAAUCAAAGAGGAGAAGCUUUCAGAAAACUGUGUCCUGAUGGCUUUGGAUAUGUCAUACACGAGGGAGGAAUAAUAGAAGAUAUAAACGAAUGCAUGAUGGAUCCAACUCUCUGUGAAAAUGGUAUGUGUAUCAAUACCGAUGGCGGUCACCGUUGUGAAUGCCAGGAAGGUUUUAAAAUCGAUCGGAAUGGUACUAAAUGUAUAGACGUGGAUGAAUGCCGAGAAACUCCAGGUGCAUGCGGAAAUGGCACGUGCACCAAUGUAAUAGGCGGGUUCAAAUGCGAAUGCAGAGACGGCUUCAUUGCUGGCCCCAGGCAAACCUGUGAAGAUGUUAAUGAAUGUGAUCAGAUGGGUUCCUUAUGCGCUUUCAGAUGUCAAAAUACUCAUGGUAGUUUCCGAUGUAUUUGCCCGUAUGGAUUUACCUUAGCCGCUGAUGGAAGACAUUGCGAAGAUUUGGACGAAUGCCAGACAACAGCAAAUAAUUGUCGAUUUGCCUGCAAAAAUCUUAUUGGAACUUUCAUGUGCAUAUGUCCUGAUGGUUAUGAACAAGUGGGCAUUGCUGAUGAUUGUGCAGAUAUUGAUGAAUGUCGAACAAUUCCCGGUGUAUGCGCUAAUGGACGUUGCAUUAACACAAGAGGCUCUUAUCGGUGUGAAUGUUAUCCUGGUUUUGAACCUUCUCGUACUCAAAAGGAAUGUAUCGAUGUGAGAUCAGGAUCUUGUUUCAGCUUGCCAAGCUGUUCUUCACAGGCUCAGGGUGUGAGAGGGAUGACCAAAGUGGAUUGUUGUUGUGGAAUGGGAUCAGCGUGGGGUCCUCGGUGCGAACUCUGUCCUCCUAGGGAAAGUAAAGAAUACAAUGAUCUGUGUCCUCAUGGUAUUGGAUAUGACAAAGAGGGAAAAGAUGUCGAUGAAUGUGCUUUAAUGUCCAAUUUGUGUCAAAAUGGCCGGUGCAUCAAUACUUUAGGUUCAUAUCGCUGCAUCUGCAACAAAGGAUACAAGCCUGACCAAUCAGGCACCAGAUGCUUUGAUGUUAACGAAUGUGAGCAAGUUCCACCACCUUGCAAAUUCACUUGCGAAAAUACUGAGGGUAGUUUUAAAUGCUCCUGUCCCAAAGGCUAUGUUUUAGCAGUUGAUAGUAUUACCUGUAGAGAUGUUGAUGAAUGCAAAACAGGUCAACAUACUUGUCAAAAUCAAUGUGUGAACACAAUAGGCAGUUACCAGUGUACAUGUCCGAAAGGUUUCUCGCAAGUUGGAGGCCAGUGUAUAGAUAUCAACGAGUGUACAGAUGAACCUCAUCUAUGUACACCUUCGGGUACUUGUAUGAACAUGCCUGGCAGUUUCAAAUGCCUUUGUCCCAGAGGAUAUAAUCUGGAUCCAUCUGGAAAAUUCUGCAUGGAUACCGAUGAAUGUAUGGAUGAAACUCGUUGUCAGCAUGGCUGUGAAAAUAUGAUUGGCGCAUAUCGUUGUGCUUGCCCAGAUGGAUUCAGACAACAUUAUUACUGGAAUCAAUGUAUAGAUGAUAAUGAAUGCGCUGCAGGACCAGUAUGUGGAGCAGCGAGUUGUGAAAAUACCGUUGGAAGCUAUUCUUGCAAUUGUCCUCCAGGAUUUGUCUUUGAUUCUAAUCUCUUAGUUUGUUUGGAAGCUGGAGGAGGAGGCUGCCAGAACGCCCCAUGCAGUUUUGGAUGUUCUCCUACAGGUCCUCAAGGUUAUUCUUGUAGCUGCCGAGAUGGAUACCAAAGAAUAGGGCAAGAGCAUUGCUUGUCGACUCUUUCACCGAAUGCAUAUUCACAUAUACCCGGACAAGGUUUAGGAAGCUUAGACAACAGUCUGCUGCCUUUAGGAGGUCUACGUGUGCCAAGUGAAAGUAGCUACACAAUUCCAGGGGAAAAGGUUAUCUCGACCGAAGGGUGCUAUUCUUGCAAAUUAAAUAGCAAUAAUCGGCAGAAGCGUGAUCUGGGAAAUGGAACAAAAUACCACAAUGACUUGAAACGGCAACAUUCAGGAUUCAAGUUCUCUCAUCAUGGAGUUCGAAGAUUAGAGAAGAAGAUUCCAAAUAGAAUGCAACACACUGCAGUAUCACGUAGACUUCGGCAUACACAUCAUGUAUUAAAGGCACACAACUCCACGAAGCCUAAUUCAUGGAAAGCCGACUCUCACAUCACAAUUUUUGUACCUUUAUCCAAGUUAAAUACAGAUGUAGAGCUGCUCAAAAUACAACCUGCGGUGACGUAUCUUCUGAACAAUGAAAGAUUCGAGAUCAUCGAAGGUAACACGCAGAAAUUGUUCAAGAUUUCUUCUAGAAGAGGCGUGGCUGGUCUACAUGCAAGGGAAAAAAUAAAACAACCAGGUCUCUAUAUUCUGAAAAUUUUAGGGAUUGUGGAAAACAAGGCUCAAGUAACUAACGCCAUAGAACGAGAACCGUUCCACUUGACAGUACACCUAAUAAUCACUAAGUGAUACUUUAGUAGAAAAGAAAUAUUUAACACUGCCUUUUAUGGAGAAAGGUCAAAGAGAUUUCUCCAAGACUCCAAAUUGAAUUCCCGGUUUAAUAUUUAGGAAAAAAAUAUUUCCUUGUGCUUCAAAAUCUUUAAAAAUUUUAGUAUUUGUCACAGCUCCAAACAAUCAAAACUGAUGAGUUUAAGUGCUCUUUUAUAAAUACCUUCUAAUAUUCUACAUGGUUGUUUUGAGAAAUUUGAUUUGUUAUUCUCCUAAAGGAUAAACGUUCUUUUUAAAUUUACUCUGCAUAUCAUUAAUUGUCUGGUAUUUCCCAACUAGUCAAUGGUAUAGAUUUUUAUAAAUAACAACAUUGCAGAUUGGAAAUAUAUUUUUAUGACAUACGUCAAAUUACAUAUUUAAUGAAUAAAUUUAAGCAAUAUAUUCCCAUAUCAUUAAUACUGAGUGUCUGAUAAGUUACUGCUUAUUUUAAAUGAUUAUAACUUGUGUAUAUGGUAAACGGUUUCGUUGAAACUAAAGUUAUUAUGUACUGCAUUCUCUUAGAAUUUUUCUGUAAUACGGCAAAGAAAAUAUAGAAAAGAGUAAAUAUGCUAUGAGUGGAAAAAAAUUGGUUCAAUUGUUCACGUCACCAGACCAUCCACCAUUAUGCUGCCCGCAAAUCGUGGAUGACGUUGGGAAAAUUUAAGAUUAAAACGUUCUGCAUAAACUGUAGUUUGAUCCAUUAAAUAGUUACUAGUCAAUAUAAUUAUGAUAUUUUUUAGAAUUUGCUUUUAUUCUCAGAAAGGACCAAUAUAAGAGCUCCUUGAUUCUUAACAUUUGCUUUUCAAGGGAAUUGUAGAAAUUAUAGUUAAUGUGUAUUUUAUUUUCAGAGAACUCAAAGUAAACAUUACAACUUAAUGCUACUUUCUAAAAUUUACUUUUAAAGCUGAAUCGAAUCUUUUUUAAUUUGUUACAAGCUCACACAGCUUGGUACGAUUAGUUCUAUGUUAACUACUUCUGAUAUUUACCCAAAAUCUCAAAACGAAAGCCUUAAUCUUUUGGGAACCAAAGGGUUUACGUAUGGAUAAAAAUCUCACUUCUGUACUAACUCCUAUUUUAAAUACAAAUAUGCGGACCACCGAGCUUUUGGUAGUUUGGCUUUAGGUGUAUCAUACAUUCAAAACAUUUUAGAAGAAAAACUAUUUAGUGCAAUUUCUCUGCUUUUUCAUAUGAUAUAAAAACAGCUUAUCACAAUACAUAAAUUUGAAGUCAGCAUGUAAAAGGAAAACUGGUUCUCUUUUUGCGGAAGGAAGAAAUAACUCGUGCGUCUUUCUUUCAAUGGUAUAUCAGAUUGAAAUAUUGUUUGAAACGGCUGUUCGUCCAAAACAAAUGAAUAUAUGAUAGCAGUCUUAAGGAAAACGUAUCGAGAAUGCUACAACGUAUGCGACGCUUUAAAAGUUUUACAGACAAGACCUCAAUUAACGAGGCAUAUAAUAACACCACUUUCAACAAAAGCGGUUAACAGAUAAGGAAAUUAAAUUCAUUUAAAAAUAGGGUUAUCAGACACAUAUUAUGUUUGAUAUUUCAUUUUUAUGGCCCACUGAAAAGAAAUAUUUUCCAAGUCUUAAAUCUGUGAUAUUUUAGAGAAUCAGUACUUAAUACUGAUUUUUCAGUUUUCUGGUUGGGAAAUGCUUAUGAAGAGUGAAUAUUUUUAGAGGGAUAUAACAAGUGCCAAAGAAACAUAUGUGAAAAUAUUCUCUAAGUUUGCCGCAAAAGUCUCUGCUAUAAGCUUGAAAUUUUACUUAUUCAGUAAGAGCUCUCUAUUUUAAAGCAGGAUGAUUGAUUUCUUCUUCUUCGUGUUCAUCAAUGUGAGAAAAAAAUUUGUUUUCAUCGCUACAUAAGAAUUGUGUGUAAGUUCAGCAAUAACAUCAUCUUGUAUUAUUGGACUUGUCUCAUUAUCAUUCUUUUUUGUAAGCUUGCCGUGUGGAAGAUGUACAGUUUUUGUAAAAUGGUAACUUUUAUUAAAUAAAAUAAUUUAUAUAAGAA